AGCAGUAGGUGGCGGUAAUGCACCUAAAAGUUGUAUGCCAUCCGCCAUUAAACGCUAAGAAGAAUAAGAAGAAGCGUAACACACGAGGGCUAUAGUGCUAGUCUCGAGUAUUUUCAGCCGUCAUGGGAAAACAGAAGAAACAGAAAAAAUAUGCUACCAUGAAAAGAAUGAUCAGUUUAAAGGAUCAGAGGAUAAAAGAACAGGACAGGGCAAAAACACAAAAGAAAAAGAAGGAAGAUCCCUCAGUCAUUAAGGAACAAGAAGUAACAAAGUACCCAUCUUGUAUGUUCUUUCAGUACAACACGCAGCUUGGACCUCCAUAUUACAUCCUUGUUGAUACCAACUUUAUCAACUUUUCUAUUAAGGCCAAAUUAGAUGUUGUCCAGUCAAUGAUGGACUGCCUCUAUGCUAAAUGUGUUCCUUGCAUAACGGACUGUGUGAUGGCUGAACUUGAAAAAUUAGGGAUGAAGUUUCGAGUGGCUUUGCGGAUUGCAAAAGAUCCCCGCUUUGAUCGAUUACCUUGCUCACACAAAGGAACAUAUGCUGAUGACUGCUUGGUGCAAAGAGUAACGCAGCACAAAUGUUACAUUGUGGCUACGGUGGACAGGGACCUAAAAAGGAGGAUUCGGAAGAUCCCAGGAGUCCCCAUAAUGUACAUCUCCAAUCACAGGUAUAACAUUGAGAGGAUGCCAGACGAUUAUGGCGCACCACGGUUGUAGAGGAGGAAAAUGAUCGGCCACCAAUGAAAAUGACCAGUCCAAAUCUAAUGGCUGUUGUUGGGAACUUUGGUGAUCUAGGACGUCCUCUUCUUGAUAUUAAUGUUAUUGAUUAAAACAUUAAAUUGGCCUAGUAGUCUUUAACUAUUAAAAUAUGUUAACAUCCCACCAAUGCAUUUUUAAAUAAUAAUGAACCUUUCCCCUUAAGCCACUCCUUGGCACUCUUUUAUGUUCUUAGAAUAUUUGUUUUUUUCUUUAUCUUAAUGACAUCUGUCAAUUGUUUACACAUCUGGUUGGUUCCCUUUUGCUUGGAGGCUGUCAUAAAUAAAAGUCACUAUAGAUAAA